AUGCAGCCGCCCCCCCGCCCCUCACCCCUGGGCCUGCCCUACCCCUGCCCCUCCGCACGCACCAGUGACUCCUGCUCGGAGCUCGCCCGACCCACGGAACCACGGCACAUCCUCACACAAACCUCUCGUCCCCUUGCCCCGAAACCACCUCACGCCUCUGACCCCGCACCCGGCCAGCACCCCCCACAACAUCCUCCCCGCUGCACUUACCUUCCACACACCCCCGAGCUCCUGCACGGCCAACCCCGGCUCCGCCGUUCCCGCACGGGCACGGCCCCGCUCCCUCGCACGGGCACGGCCCCGCUCCCCCGCACCGACACCCGCCCCCCUCCGCUCCAGCCACAGCGCAACCCCCGCUCCCGCGGCCCGCACCGCCGCAGAGCUCCCGCCUCGCUCGGCCCAGGGGACACCGGCCCCGGCCGCCGCGCGCUCUUUCCCUCCGGAGGGACUUUGCCAAGCGAACGGGAGGCGGGCAAUGCGCAGGGACGGGCACGGAGGAGCCAAAAGACGCAAGGAGCGUCUGUGGAGCUUCCCCGUGGAUCUCUGGUGGCCAGCUGCUGCCCCAGGGCAUCGCAGCCUUGUCCGCGGCUGAAGGCCGUGUCCCUGGCUCUGCCCUCCAAGACGGGGACCCAGAGAGGAGUGAGAAGGGACAACCCCCUUGGUAUAGGCCAAACGCCCCUGCUGGGAGCUGCUCCUGACUUGUCUCCUCCUGUAGCUGUCGAGAGGGCUGAGGAGAAGCGGCAGCAGACCCCGAGCCCACCACCAUCGCAGGGAAACGGAAGGCCACGCAGGAGGAGCAUCUGCCUGCUGGUGCCCUGGGAUAAUGAACCACUGGUGCUGCCCCCUGGGCCUGAUCCCGGCUACCCCAUCAUGGCAGAGAUCAUAGAGGAGGAGAGGAAGGCAGCGCAGCAGCGGUUGCAUCGACUCCUGGGGCAUAAGGCGGCAGAUGAGGUCCCCAGCACCAGUGGGGAAGGUACGUCCCUGGGCACAGCCAUCGCCCAGGGCUCCUCAGGCACCGGCCGCACAGGGGCAGCGUCUGUGACCACAACAUCGGUGGUUUCUGGGCUGGCCGAUUCCAGCACCAGCGGCCUCACUGACUCCAGCCAGCCCAGAAGUGGCAGCGCGCCCGUGCUGGGAGGUGAGUCGGGGCGGACGGGGCUUCUGCGGGGCUGAAGGGCAGGGUUAGAUUUAGGCAGCAGCUUUCCUGCCAGACCUGGCUGAGCUGCCCGGGCUCGGCAGCCCUGAGGGGCUGGUGCUGGGGCUGUGCAGAGCCUUGCCAUGCGAAGGCAAGUUGCUUCCCUCACUUGCUGCCCCAGUCCCCAGCCCCUGGGGGUGGAGGGGAAUCUGAAAUGUCACUCCCUGCCGCCUCUGGAUGCACUGGAUGCAUCGGCUCCUGCGAGUGCUGCCAGCCCUCUAAAGCCAGGCUCUUCCUCCUUCGCUGACCCCGGCUCACAGUGGCGUGUUGCUUUCCAGGAACUCCUGCACCCUUCUUUGGCCAGCGCCCCUCAGGCCUUGGAGAAGGCGUCGCUUCCCCUGGUAGCGAGGGAGUUGGUGCUUCAGCCUCGAAGAGCUGAUGGGUCGUGUUGUCCCCUUGGGCUGGGGGAUGGCGGAAGGGCCAGGCUGUGCUGUGGCAGCCGGCUCGGGUGGUAG